AUGAGCGACAAUCCGAUCAAACCAGAUCCAGACGGCGGGCCGUUUAUCGAUCCACCACGGGCUUCGGAGGCCGGUGCGUCAAGAGAGACUGCAAUCGACGUCGAACAAGAGGAAGAGCCGGUCACUGUCAAGGAAGAACCUCGAGACGAUCCGGAUGUGUCUGAGGCGCCGACAAGCAAGUACCGCGAUCUGGGACACGACAAGGCUCUACCAAUCACCAUCGAUGACAACGACGACGACGACGACGACGGCGGCGACGACCACCCUCGUCAUGAUCUUCCUCAAGACCAAAUGAUGGCGUUUCACACUGGCCAAGAAGACCAGCAUAACGACCCUCCGGAAGAGCCUCCGCGUUCACCUGCCGCACCGCAGUCCCCUCUUGCGCCCAUCUCUGGGCCCGAAGCGCCCAUUGCCCCCGGAGACAGCAUUCCGCUCCACCUCGGAAACUCGUUGCUUUCAAGUCCAGCGCGCAAGCCCAAGAGGCGCGACUUGCAACAAAUGCGCCUGCUGCGGAAGCGCCUCAUGUCGAAUGUCAACAACAACGGCUACAACCCCGUCUACAAUGCCCCGCCGGUACUUGAUCCACUGCACGAUGCCACUCCGGGCCCAUCUGAUGACGCGCCAGCUGCGGAGCACGAACGUACACCCUUCGAGCAGGCUAGAAUCGAGUACGAAGCCAAGAAAGCGAAUGGCACAGUCACCUUCGAGGAUGAAAUCAUGUUUAUCAGAACCAACAGGGAAGAAGAUGCGAGGACCAAUCAAGCUGCCGAGGACGCGCGCUUCCUGGCAGACGGCGGGUGUAUGGACGUUGAGGAAGACGGCGGCGGUCCGCAGAGCGAUUCGGAUGACGGCUUGUUUGUCCCACAGGUUUCGCCGCCUCCACGUCGUCGUGGCAAGAGGAAAAGCGCUUGGGUAAGACAUGCCGGCCUCGAGGAUGACGGGGAGGAUUUUCCCGACGUCGGAGAGGGCCCUUCGUCGGCUAUGGCGCGCGAGAUGGGUGACGCUGAAGAAGAGCUUAGGGAGAUGCUCGGCGAGCACCUUGAAGGCAGGAGAAAGAAGCGCGCCAAGAGGGGCGAGGGCAGGAAAAGAAAGACGGGGAACGGGAGGGCGCAGUCACCGCAACAGGAGGCCUCAACCAAUGUCGCCCACACUUUGGGUUCCCUAAUGCAAUCAAACGUCUUCCACGACCAGGCAGCCAACCAGAAUGCGCCAUACUUGCCAGAAAUCACCGACACCCGUAAGGCCGAGGCUUUGAAGAAGCUACUCGCAUCAGUGCCUGAGAAUCAGAGGAAAAGAGCAGUUACUGAUAAGAAGGAGCUGUUCAAAGCAAGCCGGAAGUUCUCUCAUCGUGCAGCUCGGCCAGAUGGCCACGGUGGUUGGAAGAUAACGGGCAUGACGACCUCACUUCAAAAUCACCAGUUGAUCGGUGGUGGAUUUAUGCGAGAUCGGGAGCGUGGCGGCGUGGACGACAAACCGCACGGUGGCAUCUGCGCUGAUGCCAUGGGUCUUGGUAAGACGUUGGAGAUGAUCGCGAACAUUAUCAACGAGCGGCCGAAGAAGCUGAAGGCGGGGGAACGGAAGGCCACUCUGAUCGUUCUGCCAGCCACGCUCGUCAGUCAGUGGUAUGCGGAGCUCAAUAGACACGUUGACCCCAAGCAGCGGCUCCAAAUCUUAGUGUGGAAAGCUGGCCACCGCAUCGAGACUCCACGUCCUGUGGAGACUCUGAGCAGGUUUGACAUUGUGCUGACAACCUACUAUGAAGUCCAAAAGAGCUACCCAAAAGCGGAGACACCCAUAGAAUUGCAGACGAGUGAAGAAAAGAACAGGUGGUGGAAAGAGCACUACGAAGCGGAGAAGGGACCUCUCCAUCGCGUCGAAUGGAGGAGGGUGGUGCUUGAUGAGGCACAGGCGAUCAAGAACUUCCGCUCGAGGACAUCGUUGGCCUGCAGGGCUUUGGUUUCAACGUACAGAUGGGCUCUUUCUGGCACUCCGAUCCUGAACUCGCCACUCGAGCUGUACCCCUACUUCAAGUUCCUCGAGGUGCCCUACACAGGAAGUUUCCGCGUGUUCAAAUCGAACUACUACAAUGACGGUGGCCGGCAGGAGCCGAUGGAGAGGCUGAGCAUCAUGGUUAGCCAGUUCAUGAUCCGGCGGACGCACAGGGACACACUGUUCGGGGCACCGAUCGUGAGGCUGCCCAAGGCAAGUGACCGCGUCCACUGGGUGCACUUCAACGACCUGGAGCGGGCCAUCUACGAGAUUGUGCACCGGCGCAUGGUGGCACGGGUCAACAGCUUCGCGCGGGAGAACACGCUGCAGCGCAACUACCGCAACGUGCUGACGAUGCUGCUGCGCCUGCGGCAGAUGACGGGCAACGUGCUGCUGGUCGAGGUCGUGAUGAAGGACCUUCUGGAGCGCGAGGACCACGAGAAGAUCCGGGAGCUCGCCGAGGUCGAGGUGGCGGGCGAUGCCACGCGCAGGGCGCAGCUGAUUGCGCUGCGCAAGGUGCUCGCGAAGCCGCCGCCUCCGCCUGACAACGAGGAAGAUGAGAGCGAGGGCACGCCGGCCGUACAGGUGCCUGGAUCCCUCGAUGGCGUGCCCGACGGGGACAUCCUCACCGGCGGCUUGCAUGGACUGACGUUUAGCUUUGGCAAGUACCUGCAAGACUUGCGCAGGGGCAGAGACUGGGAAGAGCUCAAGAAGCGCACCCUCUGCGUCAUGUGUCACCAACCGCCCGAUAGCCCCUACGUCACCGCCUGCUAUCACAUCUACUGCCACGAGUGCCUAGAGAUGGCGCAGCACGACUCGGCGGCCAAGGGCGAAGCUCACUGUCGCUGCAGCGAGUGCCAAUGCGAGUACGUCUGGGCACAGCCGUGCGACGAGUUCGACCUCGACUCGAUCAUGUCGGAUGUCGAGGAUGGAGAGGUCAGUACGAGUGCGCCGCCGACGAGCAGGUGGCGCAAGAGGAAACGGGACAAGGGAAAGGACGAGGAGAACAUCGCGAGGUCGUGGAUCCAGAAGCACGGGGCGGUGCUGCCGUCGGCCAAGACGAUCGCAGUCAAAGCCCAGAUCCUCAAUUGGCUGGAGCAGGAUCCGGACGCCAAGAUCCUGGUGUACACGCAGUUCAUCUCAAUGAUCCAGAUCAUGAAGAAGGUCUGCCAGACGGAGGGGUGGACCUUCCAGGAGUACACGGGCCAGAUGGCCAUCGCCGCGCGCGACAGGGCGCUGGACCAGUUCAAGAGGAACAACACGUCCAUCCUGCUGGCCAGCCUCAAGUGCGGCGGCCUGGGCCUCAACCUCACCGCCGCCAAACACGUCAUCUCCAUCGACCCGUGGUGGAACUCGGCCCUCGAGCAGCAGGCCUUCUGCCGCGUCUUCCGCAUCGGCCAGACCGAGGAGACGAGCAUGACCCGCUUCGCCGUCGCCGGCACCAUCGACGAGAAGCUGAUCAAUAUGCAGGUGGCUAAGCAGGAGCAGAUUGACCGCGUCAUGGGCGACAGCGGCGAGCCACGUGAGAACCUCACGAUGCAUCAGAUGAUGCGCCUGUUUGGCCCGGUCAAGGAGGACGAGCAGGGUCGGUCGUUCGUGAUCGUGGAAGACAGAGAGACGCUGCCGCGGUUCAAUGCGGACAGUGAGGAUGAGGGAGACGAGGAUUGA